AUGCUAAAACAGUUUAUUCAUUCUGAGUCCUUGCUAGUCGACCAAACUCACGAGUCGAUCGAUGAUGUCACUCCGACAAAUUCAAAUUCAAACUCAACCAUCAAUAAUGAAUCAGUUACGAAUAAACGAUCACCGCCGCCGCAGAUUCCUCCGCCCGGGGCCAAACGAGUCCCCAGCUUUGCAUUUACACGUGCCGUUUCCCAGGACUAUCGUUACCAAGCAGUGCAGAACGCCGCUGCUGCAGGCGCCGCUGCUGGAGCUGGUGCUGGUGCCGGUGGUGGGAUUGAAGUUGGCGGCACAAACUCGUAUUCGAGCCGCCGUUCGAAUUUUCUCAAGGUAUGUUCAUGGCCUUUUGGUAAAGUUGACAAUGCAAAUGAGAAAGACGACAGUAGUGACCGAGACCGUGACCGAGAUCGUGACCGUGAUCGUGACCGUGAUCAUGGCCUGUUCAAUAGGGGAAUUCUGGUUGUCAAUUCGUCAGCCACCCAUUUUGACGAUGCUGUGGAUGGGUCUCCCAAGAAUGUCACCAUAGCAGCUUUUGAUAAGCGCAAUUUGUUUGGUCAACCGCCAGUACAGCAACAGAGACCAUUAACGGGGAACCCGAGUUUGGAAAACGCUGGGGGCGGACAUGGUAUUGGUCAUGGUGGUGUUAACGGUGGUGGAGGUGGAGGUGGUGCUGGUAAUGGUACUAAUGGCAGUGGACAUCAGGGUAAAUUCUACAAUGAAAAGUUUGGCAAAUUCUUGGGACGAAGAAAGCACCACCCGCAACAGGGCAUGGUUGAGAAUCUACGCAGGUGCAUUGUCUUGUCAAAUAUCAGUGAAAACAUGAGUAUAACGGCAGUUUUACAACAAGUAUGUGGAGGCCCCUUGGAGAAGAUUGUUGAGUUGGCAAAUAACAAAAUCGAGCUUCAUUUCAUCUUCCCGCAGCAAGCAAAGGAGUUUUAUGCGUUUGGUAAAAACACGGGCUUGUUCAAAGUCAAUGGAAUCAAACUAAACGUGAGCUGGUCCGAGAAGGAGUUUUCUGAUAGCGAACAACUUAGACCAGAAGAGGAUCUAGAAAAUAUGAACCAUUUAGGUGGUAAUGGUGGUGGCCAUGGCGGUGCCAAUGGCGCUAUUGGCGGCAACGGCAAUUGUGGCAAUGCUGUUGGCAACGCUGGUGGUAACGCUGGCGUUGGCGGUAAUGGCGGCAGUGGUGGUGCCUUCCCCUUUUCCUACUCAUCCUUGAAAAGUCAACAACCAGCUCCACGCUAUACAUUGCCCAAAUCACUAUACAAUGAAAUACUUUCCAACGGAUGCAGAAGGUGUCUAAUAGUAUCAAAAGUAGUCGCCGGGAAAAAGAUUCGCACCGGCGACAAGAUGUUUUACCCCGAGCCCGAGAUCCACUACUCCCACGAUCUACAGAUCCAUAACAUUCGACAAGAUUUCGAACCGUUUGGAGCCAUUGUGGAUAUAGGCAGCGUGAUAUCGAGAAAACUUAGCUUCAGCGUGUUUUUCUACGACAUUCGAAGCGCCAUCAAAGCAAAGACUGAGUUUGAGAAAAUCGGCUCCACUUUAAACUUGAAGUACAAGGACUGGAGCAUUUGGUAUGGGAAGGACAUUACUGACCGUGCUUGCUUUGUUUUAUAA